CAUUAGGCCCGAGAGAGCACCCAAACAAAGCAAAAACUUUAUCGCUGACAUUGCGAUAGGGCAGAGGGGAAGAUCGGACCAAAACCAAGCUCCAAACCAAUGUCAAAUUUCGACGAUUCGUUUGACUCAGUCCCUGUCGCGGAGUCAGCUGAUCCCUUUCACGACCACGGUUAUCAAGGCUAUGACUCUCACCGUGCUGACUCGGCUGUUGAUUCGGCUAUCUUCAACAACAACUCUUCUUUAGACGAUGUAGAUGACGUGUUCCAAUCGCAGCCGUCGAUCUACGGUGACUAUGAGAACGGUGAAUCUGACGGGCCGGUUUUGCCGCCUCCGUCGGAGAUGAGUCCGGAGGAGGGCUUCGCUCUUAAAGAAUGGAGAAGGGAAAAUGCAAUUCGAUUGGAGGAGAAGGAGAAGAAAGAGAAAGAGAUGUUGAACCAGAUAAUUGAAGAAGCAGAGGAAUACAAAGUUGAAUUCUACAGGAAGAGGGCAAUGACUUGUGAAAAUAAAAAAGAAACAAACAGGGAAAGAGAGAAGCUAUUUGUGGUCAACCAGCAGAAGUUUCAUGCUGAAGCUGAUAAGAAUUACUGGAAAGCAAUUGCAGAGCUCAUUCCUAAUGAAGUGCCAGCUAUGGAGAAGAAGAAAUCAAAGAAGGACCAGGAAAAGAAGCCUGCCAUUGUCGUGAUCCAAGGUCCAAAACCUGGGAAACCCACUGAUCUAUCAAGGAUGCGGCAGAUACUGAUAAGAUUGAAGCACAAUACCCCAGCCCAUUUGAAGCCUUCUCCACCUCCAGCACAUGUCCCUGCCAAGGAUGCUAAAACAUCUGAGGCUGCUCCUUCAGCUGCUCCCUCCCAGGCUGCAGUUGCUGAGGUUGUGGCUGCUGCUUGAUAGUUUUGUUGUGGCCUUCUUUGUUGGCUUUUAGAAGUCAAAAAGAUAUGUAAGAGUAGUUUAUUAGACUCUUGCGUAGUUAAAUUAAACCUUUUAUCCUCACAGAUGUGAUAUUACAGCUUGUGAGACUUAAUAUUUGUGUUCAUUUAUGUAAAAAACUUGCUAACCUGGACAAGUUGUAUCUCCCAACUUAAUUAUAAGAUCUUAGCGUUCUAGUGGAGCUUUAGAUAA